AUGACCAAAUCACUUGUUCUCAUUACUGGCGGCAACAAUGGCUUAGGGUACUAUGCCACACAACAACUCGCCGCCUCUGGCAACUACACGGUCCUGAUGGGUAGCCGAGACCACAGCAGGGCCGAGAAGGCCAUUACGGCUCUCCUCGAAGAUCAGUCCAUGAAGGUAACUGCUGGCGAUGUUCACCCUGUUCAAAUCGACGUCACAUCCGACGAGUCCAUAUAUGCAGCCGCAAAACAUGUCCGAGAGACGUACGGAUACCUCGACAUUCUCAUGCUCAAUGCGGGAAUUACUCAACAGCAAGCCGAGACCGAAGACUCGCCUUCGCUGCGCCAACUCUACCACAAUCAUUUUGACACAAAUCUCUUCGGCGCAGCUGUCACGCUUGAAGCAUUUCUUCCACUUCUACGCGAAUCAAAGGCUCCUGGUGGCAAGCGUAUUGCUUUCACUUCUUCGGGCCUUGCUUCUUUCAAGCUCGCAGACAAUGGCCCAGCGAGCUGUACUGCGUCACUGUAUCCCAUUUAUCGAAGCACAAAGACGGCCAUGAACAUGAUCAUGCUUGGCUAUGCGAAGCAGCUGGAAGGGGAAGGAUUUGUCGUCAGCUGCUCAGAUCCUGGGUAUUGUGCGACCGACAUCAACGGCCACCAGGGCAUGAAAGACCCGAGGGAAGGGGCCAAGGCGUUGGUGAAAGCCGCAACUGGCGACAAGACCAAAGUACAUGGAGGCGUGGUGAAUGAAGAGAAUGACGAGCGUUUGCCGUGGUAG